AUGCGCGCGGACACCCUUAGAGACUACGCCCCCCCCUCCGACGAGGCCCGCAGUUCGGCGUGUCCCGGCUGGAUCCGGUACUCCACCCUUCCUUCCUCCCCUCCGCACAGCGUCUCCCUGGCAACCCGCACCCUCCGCUCGCCUCGCCCGUCGCGUAAACAGGAAGUGGGUUUGUGCGGGCCGGCCGCUUCCGGCGCGCCGAGGGGCGGGAGCGAUUGUGAGCGGCGGGCUGGAGCCAAUCGCGGCCGACGGCGGCACCGGCCAACCGCGAGGGGCGGUCAGCGGCCGGGGGCGGGGCCUCCAGGGCACAGCCAAUCGAGGCGCGGGGGGCGGGGCGGCCGGCCUGAAGCCCGGGCGGCGGCCGAGUCGGGGGCGGCCACGCCGCUGCGCCAGACGCUGUGGCCGCUGAGCAUCCACGACCCGACGCGCCGCGCCCGCGUCAAGGAGUACUUCGUGUUCCGGCCGGGCACCAUCGAGCAGGCGGUGGAGGAGAUCCGCGCCGUGGUGCGGCCGGUGGAGGACGGCGAGAUCCAGGGCGUGUGGCUGCUGGCCGAGGUGGACCACUGGAACAAGGAGAAGGAGCGGCUGGUGCUGCUCACCGACCGGUCGCUGCUGGUCUGCAAGUACGACUUCGUCAGCCUGCAGUGCCAGCAGGUGGUGCGGGUGGCGCUCAGCGCGGUGGACACCAUCUCCUGCGGGGAGUUCCAGUUUCCCCCGAAGUCGCUCAACAAGCGAGAAGGCUUUGGGGUUCGCAUCCAGUGGGACAAGCAGAGCCGCCCUUCUUUCAUCAACAGAUGGAACCCCUGGUCCACAAAUGUGCCGUAUUCCACCUUCAUAGAACACCCGAUGGCUGGUGUGGAUGAGAAGACAGCAUCUCUGUGCCAAUUGGAAAGCUUCAAGGCUCUGUUAAUCCAAGCUGUCAAGAAAGCCCAAAAAGAGAGCCCAUUGCCAGGACAGGCAAACAGCCUGCUGGUGUUGGAGCGCCCCCUUCUCAUCGAGACCUAUGUGGGGCUGAUGUCCUUCAUCAACAACGAAGCCAAGCUGGGCUACUCCAUGACCAGGGGCAAAAUAGGCUUUUAAAAAGAUGCCAUGACCCCCAGGAGAGCCAUGCUGAUGGGGGAACUCGGCACCGCCCGAUGGCACCUGCUGCAGCUGGGAGAAUGAGGGGUUGUUCCUUUAGGUAUCUUGAGCAAUUAGCAUAGUCAGGUGAAACAUAUGUUUAGUCAGAUGUCAGACACCUGGUAACAUGAGGCUAAAUAAGGUAGAAGCACUGGCUGUCCUUGUGCUGCUGUUCUGCAACUGCACUUACGUCUCUGUGUGUCUUCCUGCCCUGCCCCUCCAGUAUGCCGAGCAGUGGGUCACCACCCACCUCCACUCUGUGGACUGGUGAAUACAAGGUGGGGCCUAAUGACUCAUGUCUGCCACCACUGGCUCCUGUCCAGUUUUGUAGUUUGAAAUUCAGUCCAUUUUUUUUUUAAGUAAAUAUAGCAAUGAGCAGCCUGGUCAUUUGGUAAGACAGUCUGCCUGGCUGGCCAGAGUGAGAAUCUGCCUGGCCAGCUCCUAGUACACUUGUCCUUCUGUAAAUGUUUGACUUCAAGUCACUCUGUAAAAUUUAAUCCAAAUUGUGUUAAUAUUUAACAGUGUCUUUCCCAGGUCCAAAAGGGCCAUAGAGUGCUUAAUAUAUGACCUUUAGGAGGUCACUGUAUGUUUAUAUCCUCUGUCUAUCUGAAAGGGACGGAAUAAUUUAAGAGUGCAUGCACAGCAUGCUAGCCUCCCGGAACCCCACGCUGACCCUGACGCCAGCAUCCUCACAGUGACACUGACAAGCGUUUGUGUGCCUCCUGUCCACAGCUUGCUCAUGCGGCUGUACUGUCAGUGCUCUGUGGGUACCGCUCUCUGUACCUGCCACAGCUUUACAUUAACUGGCAUGGAUGCAACCAGAAUGCCAUGGCCUGUCCAAGAGGAAGGGUGGCCUCGGGUGCACCUAUGUCUUAACCUGUGCUUUUGGUCUUAAGAGUAAAGAUGAUUAAAACCAAA